AUGAACCGGCAGAACUUUCUGUUAGUGUUUACAAUCUUCACCUCGACUCUCAUAUUCGCUCUUUGCUGGGCUUUCAACAUUCAAUUAUGGCUUAAAAAAUAUGUCAUUCUCAGUGACCACAUCGCCAACUUCAUCACGAAAUAUCCCACCGAACUCACCCUUAUAUCCACCGUGAUUUCUACAAUUCUAUCGGUAACCACCACAGCUCUUUUCUCAAUCGCUGUCAAGCAUGCACUUCGCCAUUAUAUCACUGGCACUCGCCGGCCAAUAUCACUAAUCGAACUCCACACCGCGAUAGCUCUCGCUAGACCUGCACCGCUUCUUCAAUGGAACCACCGCAGAUUAUCUCUUGUUACGUUGGUCAUCGUUGGUUUGAUCGCUCUCCUUAAUUCAAGUUGGACGACAUUGCUGUUGCCGACACGCCUUUCGUGGCCCGUGCCAAUCCAGGGCAAAGAUCUGGACCUCGCAAGCCCCGCCUUCGAUGCGCAACUAGGUUUUGACAUGAAUGGCAACCAAUCAAGGACGACCACGUAUUACAUCAGCGACAUUAUGGUGUCCAUGAGCGGGAUGUCAGCCACAUUUUCAGUCGUUGUAGGCGGAAAUGACAGCGUCUUUGCCUUCAAUGGUGUCGCAUACAGCAAAUCUACUGGUGGCAUUGUUCCAGCGGUCGAAGAAUUUGCAGGCACGUCAUUGACCACUAGUAGUCUUGGUCUUCAGUACUACGGUGGAAAAGUCGCUCAGAUCAAUUCAUCGAUUGCCAAUGACAAAUAUUCCGGGAUUUCUAGAAGUUAUAACGUGACACAACAGGGUCUUUCAGCGAACGUUACGUGCGGCCCACUCGACCAAAAUGAUUCCGAGUACCGGCUGAGGAUUGAUAAUCGUACUAUUGACGACGGGAUUACGGUUUGGAAUGGGACAGCAGAUUGUCCUCUCGGCAGCGGUCACGGCUCCUGGGCGACUCAGACGAUGGCAGGCGGUCCUGAUGGCUUUCUCGCGAUCGUUGGCAAAGGAGAAUAUAGCGACUUGAAUACAACAAUCUGCAAUGUUUCCCCAUACGUGGCCUCAUUCGAUGUGGCAUACAGCAAUGGAAACAUCUCUAUCGAUCAGCCUCAGAACAUCCAGCCAUUUCAGAACAGCAGCACCAAUGUUACGAUGUUCAUAUUGGACAUGGUCACUUGGUCCAGCCAGCUUUCUAACAAUCCUUUAGCGGAGCUGCUGCAAUUUGACGGAAUAGGCACGAUGCAUGACACACUGGAAGAAUACUUCCGCGGUGUCGUAGAGUUUUCUGCCACAUACCUUCGUUCUGCCUACUCUGCAGAAGGUGCGAACACCACGAUGCUGGACUUGUACUCGGACGAGAGUGCUUUCAAAUCCCUGAAUGGAACCAUGUUCGUGACGACCUACGGCUGGGAGAGCGGACGCCUCACAUUCAUCUAUCUCCUUGGACUUUUCACUGUGAUCUGGGUCAUCACUGUUUCGGCCGCGGGGUACAGUCUGAUUCAGGGACGUACUCACUCGGGUCCUCUAUUUGAUGUAUCGAACCCGCUCCAUCUCAUCAUGGCAUCUUCUGGGGGAGGACUGGAAAGCCUUGCAGGGUUUGAAGAUGACGGCGUUGAGAGUAAUGAACUUGUACAAGUGCGCCUUCUAAACGACCAUGAUGAAGCCUACGAUGUCGCAGAGGGGGGGAAGAAGUUCGCUCGGACUAGCGGUUCUAGGAUGCGGUUCACGACUGAACUGGUCACAAAAGUAAAGAUUCAGGCUACUGGACACAUCGAAUAG